UAUUUUAGAAUUUUGCAUGUUGGAAGUUUUAGCAAAGGUGGUUAGUUUUUAUUAGAAAAUUAAAAUUAUAACAUGUGUUAGUGAUAAGAUUAGUGAUUACAGUGUAAAUGACUUAAUAAUAACAAUGCAGUUUCACAAAGAGAGGAUUCUGAGUGCGGCGCAAUUAAAAAGACUGAGUGAACACAAAUAUUCUUGCACGAGUGCCAGUAUAUUGGAUGCAUGGCUUCAGCCUUGGUGGUGCUGGCUAGUGUCUAAAACUCCGCUAUGGCUAGCUCCGAAUCUCAUCACUAUAUUAGGUUUAAUAGUAAAUAUUGUCACAACACUCAUCUUAGUAUGGUAUAGUCCUGAUGCCAGACAAGAGCCCCCGAGAUGGGCCUGCGCCCUGUGUGCCCUGGGUGUGUUUGUUUAUCAGAGUCUGGAUGCCAUUGAUGGCAAGCAGGCUCGGCGGACGGGUAGUCAAUCCCCGCUCGGUGAACUCUUUGAUCAUGGCUGUGACAGCAUAUCAACAGUGUUCAUAGCCCUCGGAGCAUGUAUAGCAGUGAAGCUUGGCGAAUAUCCGACCUGGAUGUUUUUUCAAUGCUUCUGCGCGAUGACGCUGUUCUACUGCGCGCACUGGCAGGCGUACGUGACGGGUACGCUGCGCAUGGGCCGCAUCGACGUCACCGAGGCGCAGUACGCCAUCAUACUCAUACACCUCGUCUCCGCCACCAUCGGCGCUGACUUCUGGGCCACUCAGGUGGGCUCGCUGGAGAUGCGGUACUCGCUGGCGGGCGCGGGCGUCGCGGGCACCGCCUUCACAAUGACGGCCCUCGGCGCGGCCAUCGCGGCCGGGGGCGUCGGCAAGAAUGGCUCCACCGUGGCCGUUCGGGGUUUGGGCAUGACCACGGUGCUCCUGGCCUGCGCCCUCACCCUGGUCGGCCAGCUCUACUUUAUCAUUAGCUUUCUGAAGAUAUUCCGCGUUAGAGGCUGCGGGAAAAACGGAUCCACAGUCGCACUUCCGAUCAACAUCAGUCUGAACCUGAUCUCGAACUACGGCGUGCUGCUCACGUCCGCGUACCUCGCCUACGGAUACGUUAACGUGAUCAUGAGGGGCGGGGUCGGCAAGAACGGCUCCACCGUCGCAGGUACGAGCAUCGUGUCCCCGGUGAUUCCCUUUGCGCUGGUCGUGGUGCCCGCCUUCAUCAUCUUCCAGAAGAGCGAGUCGCAGGUGUACGAGAACCACCCCUCGCUCUACAUCAUCGCCUUCGGGAUGGUCGCAGCCAAGGUCACCAAUAGACUGGUGGUGGCGCAUAUGACGAAGAGCGAGAUGGAAUAUUACGACUGGUCGCUGCUGGGACCCGCGAUGCUGUUCCUCAACCAGUACUUUAACAACGCCAUCCCCGAGUACUACGUGCUGUGGCUCUGCGCCAUCUGGGUGAUAGUUGACCUGAUGCGGUACUGCGGGCAGAUCUGCCUGGAGAUAUGCGCGCACCUCAAGAUCCAGCUGUUCCGGAUCAGCGCCCUGCCCCCCGCACCCGCCGCGGCCCCGCCCCGCGCCGCCAACAACGUGAGCAGUGACAGCGACAAGUCGGAGGCCGAGGACGCCGUGCCGCUCCUUAACGACACAGACAGCUAACAACUUUGAGUUACCGUAAAGUUUAGUUCUAAAGUCAAAUAAAUUUAAUUCACAAACGACUUUUUAACGACCACACCUUGGCCAAAACUAGCUACAGUUUGAGAAUUAUUGAGAUAGCCGGUUUGAAGGGCCUAAUAAUUUAACUUUUGCCGACCUUUUGUAAAAAUUCUAGAUAGUAGUUAACUAUUAACAAAGAAAAUCAAAAAGUAAAAAUAGCAAAAAUCACAAUUUAAUAUCCUAUUAC